AUGAUCAAGGUUGAAGUAAUUCACAAAGAAAUUAUUAAACCAUCCUCCCCAACCCCUCACCACCUUAGACAUUUGGGUCUCUCCCUUUUUGACCAGUUUAUACUUGAACUGUACAUGCCACAAGUUCUCUUCUAUCCUAGCAGCAGUGAUGAACAUUCUUUGGUUGCUGAAAAAUCCGAGCUUCUAAAGAAAUCAUUAUCUGAGGCCCUCACUGUCUUCUACCCUUUUGCAGGGGAAUUCAAAUAUAACGUUUCCAUCAACUGCGAUGACCGCGGAGCUCUAUUUCUUGAAGCCCGAGUCAACUGUCCCAUGUCCAAGAUCCUGGACAAACCCGAUUCUGAGAUCCUGAGACAGCUGAUUGCAGCUCCUAUGCGUUCCAAACAAGCACAAGUAGGGCAUCUUGUACUAAUCCAGGCCAACGUAUUCGAAUGUGGUGGAUUGGCAAUUGGCGUCAGCAUUUCUCAUAAGGUCGCCGAUGCCGUAGUGUACAGCAAAUUCAUCGAAAGCUGGGCUGAAAUUGCCCGCUGCACUGCCAGCACUACUGACCAUCACGUAGUACUUCCUACAGAAUUUGGUGUCGCAGCUACUUUGUUCCCACCACAAGAAUUUUUUAACUCACCGAAGACCCCACUCACGCUACCUUUUAUUGACAAUGUUAUCGGAAGGAGGCUUGUGUUUGAUGCCUCAAAGAUUGCUGCUCUCAAGGCCAAAGCUGCCAGUGCCACAGUGCCAAAUCCGACUCGAGUUGAAGCAGUUUCCGCGCUCAUUUGGAAAUCCGCAACGGAAGCAUCAAGAUCCAACUUGGGUUUUGCAAGGCCAUCCACAUGGCGGUCCGCUGUGAACCUGAGGAAAAUAUUGGCUCAGCCCUUCGCAGAAAACUUACAGGGAAAUUUUGUGUAUUUUACCAUGCCGAAGAUUGAAGAACAUGAAGUAUAUGAUCUUCAAACCUUGGUUGCAAAAAUGAGGAAAAGCGUUGAGGAACUUAAGGUAAAAUAUGCCAAAGAAAUUAGAGGGGAGGAAGUAGUUCAAUUCCUGAAGGAGUAUAGUGAGCUCGUUCAAAAGGAUGAUAUGGACAACUAUUUUUGCACCAGUUUGUGUGGGUUUCCUUUCGGCUCGGCCAAUUUUGGAUGGGGAAAGGCAUCAUGCAUACGUAUCCCUUGGAAUGAAGAUUUCAAAAACAGAAUGUUAUUGUUGGAUGCAAGUGAUGGCAUUGGCAUCGAUGCAUACAUAACACUGAAAAAAGAAGAUAUGGUCAUGAUUGAAACCAACCAGGACCUGCUUGCAUAUGCUUCUCUGCAUUAG